AUGCCAGUUAAGAGGGGAAGAGGUAGACCCAAAAAAUCUGAAAAUGAUCAAAUAGCUGAUCCUACUGUUACUCAGGAUAUAACAACUUUAGUCACCACAGCUGUUAAAGAAGCUACACGUAAGAGGGCCAGGAAAACAAAAGUGAAAAAAGUUGAAUUGGAAGUUACACAAUUGACUGAUAGCGAUGGACUUGCAAAGAAUACCCAAGAGGAAUUGGAUCCCAAUUUUAUUGUCGAUACAGCUGUUGAGGUAGAUAAUGACUUCGAGGAUCUGGAGAUUGAACUUGAGGAUGUGGAGGAUUCUACUGUUUCAAAGAAGACAACAAAAAAAGCUAGACAAAAGGUUACAAAGAAAAGCAAUUCUAAGGCAUCUACCCCAGGCCCUCAAGAGAAAAAGGUACGUAUAUUUAGGUUUUUAAAGGAUAUGUCCUCUGCAAGGGAUAAAAUUGCAAGACUUUAUGGUUCUAAUGAAGGAAAACUAUUAGAUUUGGCAAAGAUUAAAGGUGGUUUUGAAGAUUGUGUUUUUGAUUUCCCCCUUGAAAGAGUACAAACUGAUUCGAAAUAUUGUGUUGAGAUAAAUCCACCUACCGUUAUUGAAGGAUCUGAUAUUUAUGACAAGUUAAUAAACAAAGACAAUGCAACUAAAUAUAGAUUACUGCAAACUAAAGAAAUGUUAGAUCAAUUUAAAUUCACCCCUAAGUCAAUACCGGUAAGAAUUGGGAAUACCGAAGUUAAUCUAAAUGUAGAUGAAAAAACUGAAUUCCCAGUGCUUGAUUAUGGAACUAGAAAUGGAUUCGUAUACAAUUGUGGCGCCUUGGUUACUGAUAUUGCUUGGUUAAAUAAUUCUGCAGAUGGUGCUGGCCAGUUCAUAGCGGUAUCACUAUCCCAAUACAGCGGUAAACCAUUAGAUAGGCAUUUAGAACAGUUUGAGACUGAAUCGCAUAUAUCUUGCAUACAAAUUUACAACUUUGAUUCUGAGAAUCUAAGAUUAACAAAAUUUGAAACCAUACUGCAUAAUUUUGGUGAAACAUGGAACCUAAAAUGGCAUGAAGGAUGUUCUGUAAAUAACAAUAAUAUCGGAGUAUUAAGCUUUACUUGUCAAGAAGGUACUGUGAAAUUUAUAGAAGUCAAAACCCCCAAUGAUGAGAACGAUCAUAGUAUAUUUUACUGUGAGUCAGCCUCAAUCACAAUUUCAUUACCAGAUACUAUGAUUACAUGUUUCGAUUUUCUAUCUCCGACAACUAUUAUCUGUGGUUCAAAAAAUGGUUACGUCAGUCAUUUUGACUUAACAGAUCCUUUGAUUCCAUCUUUUUACAGGAAAAUGCAUGAUUCUUAUAUAAUCAAUAUUGUUGUUGCAUAUUCAAAGUUUGAAAAUCCAGUGGUAUCUACUGUUUCUGUAGAUGGUUAUUUUUAUGAAUUUGAUCCGAUCGAUAUUCAAUCAACAAGGACAUUGAUUGCAAGAUUUAAAGGAAAUAAUAUACUACCGGUGGCCUAUAUACCCAACCUUUACGCAUACUUAGUGUCAGAUGGUAGUAAUUCUACAAAAACUGUAACACCUAGAGCAAUCUUCCCUCAUGCAGUAUUAUCUCUACACAAUACAGUGACAUCUAUCGCAUCAUCAGGGCUACAUCCAUUGACAUUAACUGGCUGUGCAGAUGGUUCUCUAGUUAUUGAUAAUAUAGCAAGAAAGCUUUUAACAGGUGUCAAAAAUACUGCUACAAUACACAAAUCUCUGAAAUUAUGGAAAUGGGAUUUCAGUCAGAACGGUGAUAUUUAUCGUUUGAACCAUUCUUAUGAAGUUUUGAAAUCAGGAGCAAAUGAUAUUUGUAAAAUGGAAGUGAAUCCACAUGGAGUAUCUAUUACAUCUGUUAAAUGGAAUGAAACUAGAAAUGGAGCAAAAUUUUAUGCCUUUGCAAAUGCCGCUGGUUUGUUAACAAUUGAAAGACUGGGAAAUUACUAA